AUGCCAUUACCUGAUGAUAUAAUUUAUGAUAUUUUACCACAUCUCCAUGAUGAUAUGCGAACUUUGUACCGAUGUCUUUUAGUAAAUCGUCUUUGGUGUCGAAUAACGGUUCCAAUUUUGUGGCGUCGGCCGUUUACAAUUUCAUCUAAACCUUUUACAAAUAAGCAUCGCACCAGUCGUACUCUUAUAAUACAGACCUAUGUCUCAUGCCUUAACCAAGAUGAACUUGCAUAUUUGAUCCCUUACAAAAUAGAUUUUCUUGACAUCCAAUCGACAUUGUUUCCUUAUGAAAAAUACCUUCAAGAGCUUUCCGAUAAUGCCAUAGACAAAGGUGUAAAAGGGUGGUUUCAAGUAAAGAAACUUAUCUUUCCUUUCGUCGAGUAUGAUCACAGGGCUGAGGCUAUUACAUACGCACUCUGGCGCAUGUUCAUGCGUCAAUGUGUGAAAAUACAGUCAGUAUCUAUCAUGCCUUUGUAUGUUCGAUCUGGUAUAUCGAAUGUACCAAAUUUUUCAGACGCAAU